CGUGGAUUUAUUGAUUGUGAUAUUGAUUUUUCAUCGAGAGAUUAUUCGGUGCGAGUGAUCUACACCUUAGCUCGGAUUUGAUUCGUUCGAUUAUUUGUUUGCUUGGAUUUGCUUUUGGACUCGGAAGAUAUACUUUCGAUCUAUCACUUAUUUAUACCACCACUACCUCCACUACCUACACACCAUUUACAACCACAACCAUUUCUCUUCCCCUCCCCCGACCCAAAAACAAAGAAAUAAAGACAAUCAAAAUGCCCAACCGCCUCAGCAUAGCCUCCAUGUCCCUCGGACGCCCCGGCAUCCACCCCCUCCCCACCAAACUCCACAUCGCCUCCCAACACGGCUACACCGGAAUCGAGCUCUUCUUCGACGACCUAGACCACUACGCGCUCACCAAUUUCAACGGGGACCACAUCUCAGCCGCGCACGCCAUCCACACUCUCUGCACAUCCCUCUCCCUCACCAUCAUCUGUCUCCAACCCUUCGCCUUCUACGAAGGCCUCCUCGACCGAUCCCAAACCUCCUCCCUCCUCACCGACAAACUCCCCAAAUGGUUCACUCUCGCAAGGAUCCUACACACAGACAUGAUCCAAGUGCCGUCGAACUUUGCGCCCGCGAGCGAAACAACAGGCGACAGAAACGUGAUUGUAUCCGAUUUACAACAAUUAGCGGACCUAGGCGCAGCGCAGAAUCCACCGUUCCGGUUCGUAUACGAGGCGUUGGCGUGGGGCACGCACGUAAGUCUCUGGGACGAGGCAUAUGAGAUUGUGUGUGCGGUGGACCGGGCGAAUUUUGGGAUUUGUUUGGAUACGUUUAAUUUGGCGGGGAGGGUGUAUGCGGACCCUGGGUCGGUGGAUGGGAAGAAUGGUAAUGCGGAGGGGGAGUUGGCUGCGUCGUUGAGGAAACUUAGGGAGACGGUGGAUGUGAAGAAGGUGUUUUAUGUGCAGGUUGUGGAUGGGGAGAGGUUGGAGAGGCCGUUGGAUGAGAAUCAUGAGUUUUUUGUGGAGGGGCAGCCGAGUCGGAUGAGUUGGUCGAGGAAUGCGAGGUUGUUUGCGUUUGAGGAGGAGAGGGGGGGGUAUUUGCCCAUUGAGGAGACGGCGAGGGCGUUUUUUGAGAUUGGGUUUGAGGGAUGGGUUAGUUUGGAGUUGUUUAGUAGGACGUUGGCGAGGGAGGGGAGGGAGUGUGUGGUGGAGCAUGCGAGACGGGGGUUGGAGUCGUGGUGGGAGUUGGGGAGGAGGUUGGGGUGGGAGGAGGGGAUGAUGAAGCCGGGGUGGGGGUUUGUGGUGAGAGAGGAUACUUCUUUGGUGGAGGGGAAGGGGAAGGGGGAGAUGGGGUUGGUGCAGGGGAGGUUGUAGUAUUUCCUAUCUGCUAGGUGAUGAUGGGGUUGAAAGGGGAGGUUGUGGGAUGUAUAUGUGUAUG